AUGCAGGCCGCGGCGGCCGGAGCCGUCCCGCCCCCCAUCGCGCCGAGGCCGAAGCGGCCGCGUCCGCCGUCGGGGCGCACCAACCUCGCUUCCUGCGUGGUCGCCACCAUCUUUCUAAUCUUUCUCAUCAUCGUUAUCCUCAUUGUGUACUACACCGUGUUCAAACCCCAGGACCCCAAGAUCGCCGUCAACGCCGUCCAGCUCCCCUCAUUCUCUGUCGUUAACGGCACCGUCAACUUCACGUUCUCCCAAUACGCCUCCGUCCGGAACCCUAACCGUGCCGCAUUCUCCCACUACGACAGCUCCCUCCAGCUCCUCUACUCCGGCAGCCAGGUCGGGUUCAUGUUCAUCCCCGCCGGCGAGAUCGACGCCGGCCGGACGCAGUACAUGGCCGCCACCUUCUCCGUCCAGUCCUUCCCCCUCUCGGCGCCCGCCAGGGUAGGCCCCACUCUCGCGAACGGCGACGGAGUGGCCUUCAACUAUGGGCUUAGGAUUGAGCCCACUAUGGAAAUCGAGUCCAAGUUGGAGAUGGCGGGCCGCGUCAAAGUGUUGCACUUCUUCACCCAUCACGUUUACGCCAAAGCCGGUUGCAGAGUCGCCAUUGCCGUAACUGAUGGAUCCGUGUUAGGUUUUCACUGCUAA